AGGCGCUACUGGACUUUCCGCAGCGAGGAGGAGUUAGCCCGCAGGCGCUCUGAUGCCAACCGCAAGUUUAGAUGCAAAGUUGUGGCCAAUGGAAAGGUUCAACAGACGGACUCGUUUAUUCUUGACCAACAUGAAGAACUGAUAAUUUGUAAAUAUUAUGAAAAAAGAUUAGCAGACUUUUGCUCUGUAUUUAAGCCAGUAAUGCCCAAAUCUGUUAUGGGAACAGCCUGCAUGUAUUUCAAACGUUUUUAUCUCAAUAACUCAGUAAUGGAAUAUCAUCCCCGUAUAAUUAUGUUAACGUGUGCAUUCUUGGCUUGUAAAGUAGAUGAAUUUAAUGUAUCUAGUGCACAAUUUGUUAGUAACCUCCGUGACAGUCCAGCGGGACAGGAGAAAACAUUGGAACAGAUCUUGGAAUAUGAAUUACUUCUUAUUCAGCAGCUGAACUUCCACCUUAUAGUACAUAAUCCUUACAGACCAUUUGAAGGGCUAUUGAUUGAUUUGAAGACUCGUUAUCAGUUGCUUGAAAAUCCUGAGACAUUGAGGAAGACGGCAGAUGAUUUUCUUAAUCGAGUAUCUUUGACAGAUGCCUGCCUUCUUACACCUUCUCAGACAGCUCUCACUGCUAUGGUAUCAAGUGCAUCCAGGGCAGUUAAUAUGGAAAGUUACUUGUCAGGAACCCUAAUGCUCAAAGAGAACAAAACAUCCCUUUCGCAGUUGCUGGACGGAAUGAAAUGCAUGAAAAAUCUGGUAAAAAAAUAUGAGCUACCACAUCCUGAAGAGGUUGCUGUAUUAAAACAGAAACUAGAAAAAUGUCACAGUCCAGAACUUGCUCUUAAUUCAAAUAUGAAAAAAAGAAAAGGCUAUGAAGGUGAUGAAUUCAUCUCGAAAAAAUCUAGAAUGGAGGAGGAUGAAUGGACAGAUGAUGAUUUCAUGGACUGAUAUAUCUACAUUCCUAAUAGAAAAUAAAAUCUGAAUUAACAUACAUUGGAAAUAGACCCAGGCAGCAUGUUGUACAACUUAACAUUUAUCAGAAAAUUAUAUAUUUAUAAUAUAAUAAAUUUAUUUUAACAAAGUGA